AGUUGUCCAAAUCACACAGAACCACGCGAGAUGUCAAAAAGGCAAGAUGGCUGCUCGUAAUGAGACAACGCUUCAUCCAACAGUUUGUAGGGCAGGUAUUCCCUACAAUUUCUGAAGGCCCAUACUACAAAUGCCAGUUCUGCAGCAAAAUGGGAGAGUAUGCAUAUGUUGUGGCACAUAUGCAAACCCACGAGAAGACAGCUGUUAAACACGGAGGGUAUAAAAUGUACAGAUGCCAUGGUGGAUGUUUAAAAAGCCAUCAUUAUCACUGCUGCUAUUGUGCAAGGAUUAUAACUCAGCAAAAUUUAUUUUUGAACCAUGUGCAGAAAUGUGGGUUGGCUGACGCCUCAACAGGUUCCUGUGUCUCUGCAAACUCCAGCAUCUGUGCACCCUACAGCGCCUGUGCACUAUCCAGUGCACCCUCCAGUACACCCUCCAGCGCCUGUGCACUAUCCAUUGCACCCUCCAGCGCCUGUGCACUAUCCAGUGCACCCUCCAGUACACCCUCCAGCGCCUGUGCACCCUCCAGUACACCCUCCAGUACACCCUCCAGCGCCUGUACACCCUCCAGCGUCUGUGCACCCUCCAGUACACCCUCCAGCACCUGUGCACUAUCCAGUGCACCCUCCAGUACACCCUCCAGCGCCUGUGCACUAUCCAUUGCACCCUCCAGUACACCCUCCAGCGCCUGUGCACCCUCCAGUGCACCCUCCAGUGCACCCUCCAGUGCACCCUCCAGCGUCUGUGCACCCUCCAGUGCACCCUCCAGCACCUGUGCACUAUCCAGUGCACCCUCCAGCACCUGUGCACUAUCCAGUGCACCCUCCAGUACACCCUCCAGCACCUGUGCACUAUCCAGUGCACCCUCCAGUACACCCUCCAGCACCUAUGCACCCUCCAGCACCUGUGCACCCUCCAGUACACCCUCCAGCGCCUGUGUAGUAUUAGUAGUAAUCGUCUGGUGGAUUUUGUAGGCAGGUUAAGAUGGGUAGGUAGGUUAAGACUACCUGUACCUAUUCAACGAAUAGGUACAGGUAGUUUAACACUGGAUUUAGAUUUUUAAAAAUGUACUGUAAGGGAAUAUUUUUUGUUUAAAAAGCUAUUACAAUUAUGAAAAUUACAUGUUUUUGGUGAGUUCAUAAUGUAAUAAAUUUCUCAUAAUGUAAACAUUGAGCAAGAUUUUAUUAGGUUUUGAGAAAAUUAUUACAUUAUGAACAUUGUUACAAUAAUAAUGUAAUACUUAUUACAAUAUGUGCAGUUAUUUCAUGAGGUGCUACACACCUGCUAUGUUACUAAAUGUACCUGAUUUUUCAUAUCAACAGAAGAGACUCCCUAGUUCACCCACAAAUUAAAAUUGUCAUUAAUUGCUCA